AGGUGGACAAAGCUUACAACCUAUUUCGUGAAAUGGAUGACGGGGAAUUUUUCCGACUAUUGUGACCUACACUGUAGUCAUUGAUGGCCUGUGCAAAGCUCAAGCAGUUGACGGGGCCGAGGGUGUGCUUCAGCAGAUGAUUCAUAAAGGUGUCAAGCCAAAUAUUCAAACAUAUACUUGUCUGAUCCAUGGAUAUUGCUCUUCAAGACAGGGGAAAGAGGUGGUUCGAAUGCUCAAAGAAAUGUCCGCACAUGGUCAUCAGCCAGAUGUUGUCACUUGUAAUUUGCUGUUGGACUAUCAUUGCAAGAAUGGAAGAUGCACAGAGGCUAGAAAGAUUUUUGACUAUAUGAUUGAAAAGGGCAUAAAACCAAAUGUAACUACAUAUAACACUCUGCUUCAUGGGUAUGCUACCAAAGGAGCUCUUUCUGAUAUGCAUGGUCUCUUGGAUUUGAUGGCAGGAAAUGAUAUUUCACCUGACCAUCAUACCUUCAACAUUGUUCUUUGUGCGUAUGCUAAAGGUGGUAUGAUAGAUGAGGCAAUGCAUAUAUUUGACCAAAUGAGGCAGCAAGGGUUGAAUCCUAAUGAAGUCAGCUAUGGAACAAUAAUAGAUGCACUUUGCAAGUUGGGAAGAGUGGAUGAGGCUAUGCUUAAACUCAAUCAGAUGUUCAAUGAAGGGGUGACUCCAGAUAUCGUUGUUAUUAACUCCCUAGUGUAUGGACUGUGCACUGUUGACAAAUGGGAGAAGGCCGAGGAAUUAUUUUCUGAAAUGUUUAUCAAGGAAUCCAUCCAAAUGCCACAUUCUUCAACACAAUAAUGUGUAACCUUUGCAGAGAAGGUUGGGUCACGGAAGCUCAGAGUCUCCUUGACUUGAUGGUACGUGUAGGUGUGCGACCUAAUAUUAUCUCAUAUACUAUAUUAAUAGAUGGCUACUGCUUAGCUGGUAGGAUGAAGGAACCUAUGAAGUUACUUGAUGAUGUGGUCCGAGUUGGCUUGAAACCUGAUGCCUUUUUUUAUAAUACUUUGCUUCAUGGCUGUUGUAGAUCUGGCAUGAUAGAUGCUGCAGUUAGACUAUUCAGAGAAAUGUUAAGCUGUGAAGUUAGGCCUGGAAUUAUCACUUAUAACACAGUACUUCAGGGUUUAUUUCAGUCUGGGAAGUUUCCUGAAGCACAAGAACUCUAUCUCAAUAUGAUCAAAAGUGGAAUGCAACUCAACCUUUACACGUACAACAUAAUUCUGAAGGGUCUUUGCAAAAAUAAAUGUGUUGAUGAGGCAUUUAAAAUAUUUCAGAGUCUAUGUUCUAAGGGGUUUCAACUUGACAUCAUUACCUUCAGCAUUAUGAUUGAUGCUUUGCUCAAAAGUGGCAGAAAAGAAGAAGCUAUGGAUAUGUUCGCUGCUAUCUCUGCCCAUGGUUUAGUUCCAGAUGUUGGGAUCUAUCACUUAAUGAUACAAAAUCUCAUAAAAGAAGGCUUGCUCGAAGAGUCUGACAAUCUGUUUUUGGCAAUGGAACAGAGUGGAUGCACUCCAGACUCAUGUAUGCUAAAUUCUCUUGUUAGGAGGCUGUUGUAUAGAGGUGAGAUAACAAGGGCUGGGGCUUACCUCUACAAAAUUGACGAGAUGAACUUCUCACUUGAGGCAUCUACUACUUCCUUGCUAAUAUCAGUUUUCUUGAGGGAGGAAUGUCAGCACCAAAUGAUGUCCCUACCUAAAAAGUAUCAUUUUCUUGUGGAUGUCAAGAAAUGAGGAUUAUUCAGAGUAAUUGGAUUCUCAACUGUGUUGAGACAUGUUAUCUCCAAUGCAGUUAUUAUUUCUGUCUCAAGCUCUAAUUUACUUGCCAUAUUCUGUGGUCUCCUUUAUUUAGAGAAAUGCUAUCAUAGUAGUGCUCUUCAGUAUCAAGUUUAUCACCAAGUGAAAUUAUCUUGCUUUUAGUUGCAGUUAUGUUUAGAACAGGAAUCAAUUUACUAGUUAAUGGUACAACAAAGUUCAGAUGCUUUUUGUUGCAUUGUUUGUUAAGGAAUCGCACACUCCGAGGAUAAAAUCUAUCAAAGUGUCUACUGCUUGCAAAUCAAUGGU